AUGGCUUCUAUAAAAGCAUGUAGAGUGUGCUUAGAUAUGGAUGCAAAGCUUUGUGAGAUGCCACUGAAAACAGAACACUAUUAUGAACUAUUGACAGGAUCAGAUGGCAAAAGAAUUGGUCUACCAAAAUAUCUGUGUUAUGAAUGUGCAGCACUUUUGAUGAGGUUCUAUUUGUUUAGACAGAAGAGUCUCCGUGGUCAGACUGUGUUACAUGGGAUCCUACAAAAUAAUAGAAAGAUAACAGAAAAACAUAUUAGGCAGGUGGAUAGGAAAAGCUUGCACCUCAUUUCAAAUUUAGCUAAACAUUCGGCCACAUACAUUAAUAUCACUUGUGAUUCCACAAUAGAUGAAGAUGUUCAGUUGAAACUUGAAAAUUGUAGAGUGGACAUCAAUGAGCAAAUAGAUGAUGAUUUUAAUGAUAACCAGGACUUUGACUGGCCAAGUGAUGAGGAGAAUCAUAAAGAGAAAAUUAAGAAGGAAAUGGCUGUAUCCAUUAGCAUUAAGAAGGAAGUGAAAGACGAGGAUGAUAAUUUACCACUUUCAAAAUGGAAGAAAUCACGAAAGAGUAAAAAGCUAGAUGCGCCCAAGAAGAGACGAGGAAGACCGGUUCGUGCCCUCAGACGAAACACGAAUUUGCCGUUGGAUGCAGUGUCGCAGGAGGACUUCGAUAAAUAUGUUAAUGUUGUCAACUUAACGAUGACUGAACAACAGGAGGAAGUACGCAAGCGUCGCGAGUCGAAAAAUUAUCAGAACGCCACAUUCAGGUGCGAGAUUUGUUUCAAAGGUUUCCUGGACUCUCGGACCUGGCAAAACCAUACAAAGAACCAUGUUGAGGGUUUAGUGGAAUGCGACAUUUGCAAACUGCGUUUCAAGAACAAAUACACAGUCGGAAAACAUUUGAGACGCCAUGGCACCAAGUUCCAUUGUACUGUGUGUCCAUAUAUAUCAUCAGCUGUACAUCAAGCUAAGCAGCAUAUUUUGUGGCACAAAGGUGUGACUUAUGCAUGCGAAUAUUGUGAUGAUGUAUUUACGCAAUGGAUGUCAUAUAUGACGCACGUGCGUUUGAAACACCCGUCAGAUGUGGUUUGCGGUUUCUGCGGGUACACGUUUAUUUCACAACUCGGCCUACUUCAGCAUAAGACAAUCACACAUCGCAAUCAAGAUGAAAAAAGCGAGAUAGAGGAGAACUCCGAAGCACCAUACUGCGCUCUUUGUGACGUAAAAUUUGCGUCUAACGAAGCGUACAGUAGACACAUGGUUACUGCGAGGAAACACGUCGAGACUAACGAAAAUAAGAACGGUUGCCGGCAAUGCGGUCUUGCGUUCAAAACUAGCGACGAGUUGCGCGUACACAUGCGCACUUCGCACGAGCGACGCCCAUGGACACGCAAUGAAGGUAGUAAGAAGGGUGUAGAUUCGAGGACGUACCCAAUGCAGUGUCCUCAUUGUCCACAACAGAUACAGAAUGCGCGCGCAUUCUUCUGGCACUUCAAGAAAGUCCACCCAGACAAAGAGUAUCCAAUUGAGAAAGGGCAUGUUUGCGAAAUAUGCGGGAAAGCCUUCACGAAAAACGCACUACUCUCCUACCACAAAUUGACGCAUUCUGGCGAACGCGCUUUCAAGUGCGGCCAAUGCGGCAAAGCCUUCCACAUCCGGCGCAACUUGCUGCUACAUGCUGCUGUGCAUUCGGAGCAGCGGCCGCACGUGUGCACUGUGUGCGGGAUGCGCUUCAAAUCCAAAACUGUCUUGGACAGGCACUAUAGGGUCCACACUGGCGAGAAGCCGUACCAGUGCGACGUUUGCGGCAAGUCGUUCACGCAGUCAAACAGCUGUCAACUGCACGUGAGGACCGUUCACCUGAAGCAGCCGGCACCGUACGUCAGUCGAGCGAGAAGAGAAAAACAAAACAAAGCCCUCUCGCAACCUAACAAUCAAAUUCUUUUACCUCCUAAUAUUGUUAAUUAG